AACCUCUGGGGUUUCAGAUCACUCUAGGCUACAGAACUUUGCUUUCUGAAGGGGACACAGCAGGUGUGAGUCCUGGUGACUGCCAUUCCCUGUUUUAGAGAUGGCUCUGCAGACCCCCAGCCUCCUCCUCUCUGCAGCUGUGCUGGUGCUGAUGGUGCUGAGCUGCCCAGGGACUGAGGGCAGAGACUCCCCAAGGGAUUUCGUGAUCCAGUUCAAGAACUACUGCUACUUCACCAACGGGACGCAGCGCGUACGGCACAUGAACAGAUACAUCUACAACCAGGAGGAGUUCGUGGGCUACGACAGCGACGUGGGCGAGUACCGCGGGGUGACCGAGCUGGGGCGGUCGUGGGCCGAGUACUGGAACAGCCAGCAGGACAUCCUGGAGCGGACGCGGGCCGUGGUGGACACGGUGUGCAGAAACAACUACGAGGGGUCGGAGGUCCGCACCUCCCUGCGGCGGCUCGAGCAGCCCAAGGUCAUCAUCUCCCUGUCCAGGACGGAGGCCCUCAACCACCACAACUUGCUGGUCUGCUCGGUGACAGAUUUCUACCCAGCCCGGAUCAAAGUGCGCUGGUUCCGGAAUGGCCAGGAGGAGACUGUGGGGGUCGUGUCCACACAGCUUAUUAAGAACGGGGACUGGACCUUCCAGGUCCUGGUCAUGCUGGAGAUGACUCCUCAGCGGGGAGAGGUCUACAUCUGCCAGGUGGAGCACGCCAGCCUGCAGAGCCCUGUCACGGUGGAGUGGCGGGCACAGUCUGAGUCUGCCCAGAGCAAGAUGCUGAGUGGCAUCGGAGGCUGCGUCCUCGGGGUGAUCUUCCUCGGGCUCGGCCUUUUUGUCUAUCAUAGGAGUCAGAAAGGACCUCGGGGGCCUCCUCCAGCAGGCAAUGGGGAGGAGGUGGCGUUGGCCGGGACACCAGCUGUCUGUGUCUGA